CUCGCGCCCGUGACGCAGGCACAGAGAAAGACCUUCGCAGCAGUACAGCAGUAUCUUCAGCACCAUUGCAGUUCUCAUCUAGCUGAACAGCGAGGAAAAGCUUGAGACAAUCGACAAGGCUUGUUUUGAGGCCUGGCAACAUCUAGCAGAAUGACUAAAGAGCAGACUGCCGAGGUGGAGGAGGAGGCCCAGCCUGCCUCUGAGUACCAGAGCCCAGUUCAUGAGCCCCGGAAGAGGCCCAUGGUCCACCCAUCUGCACAGGCCCCCCUCCCUAAAGACUAUGUCUUCACAUUCUUUGACCCAAAUGAUCCUGCGUGUCUGGAGAUCCUGCUGGAUCCGCGCACCACCAUCCCAGAGCUUUUCGCCAUCAUCCGUCAGUGGGUCCCACAGGUCCAGCACAAGAUCGACCUCAUCGGAAACGAGAUCUUGAAGCGUGGUUGCCAUGUCAAUGACCGUGAUGGACUGACAGACAUGACCUUGCUCCACUACAGUUGCAAAGCCGGAGCCCAUGGUGUUGGUGACCCUGCCGCUGCCCUCAGGCUGUCCAAUCAGCUCAUUUCCCUGGGGGCAGACGUCAGUCUCCGCAGCCGCUGGACCAACAUGAACGCCGUGCACUAUGCUGCAUACUUCGACGUGCCAGAGCUGAUUCGCAUUCUCCUCAAGGCCUCCAAACCUAGAGUACUGAAUUCCACCUGCAGUGACUUCCACCAUGGCACAGCCCUGCACAUUGCUGCCUCCAACCUGUGUCUGGGAUCAGUCCAGUGUCUGCUAGAGCAUGGAGCCAACCCCACUGUCAGGAAUGAUAAAGGGCAGGGGCCAGCCGAGGUGGUCCCUGACCCCAUGGACAUGACUCUGGACAAAGCGGAGGCGGCCAUGGUGGCCAAGGAGCUGAAGCAGCUGCUGCUGGACUCUGUGCCACUCAGCUGCAACCUGCCCCGCGCCACCCUGCUCAACCUCGACAACAUCCCUGGCAACCUCAUGCUCACCUCCAUCGGCCUGAAACUGGGCGACCGUGUGGUGCUGGACGACAUGAAGCUCCCCAAAAAAUCGAGCAGUGAUGAAAUUGACAUCUCAGCUCUGCAUCACCUGAAGCAGACGGGCACCCUGCGCUUCUGUGGGACCACGGAGUUCGCCAGUGGCCAGUGGGUGGGGGUGGAGCUGGACGAGCCAGAGGGCAAGAACGACGGAAGUGUGGGAGGGGUGCGUUACUUCAUCUGCCCCCCCAAACUGGGUAUCUUUGCUCCAGUGUCAAAAAUCGCUAAAGCUGUUGAGCUGGCCCCCUCCUCUGUCACCUCCACACCCAAGACGCCCCGCAUGGACUUCUCCCGCGUCACAGGAAAGAACAAGAAAGAAAAGAAGGAAAUAAUGGAGAGAGAGAAAGCUCUGAGGAAGAAGUCUAUGUCCGUAGCCAGUCUGGACCCGGAUGGGGUGAAGGUGGAACUUGGAGAUCAGGUGCUGGUUGCUGGUGUGAAGCAGGGAAUCAUACGCUAUUACGGAAAGACAGACUUUGCCCCAGGUUACUGGUUUGGUGUGGAGCUGGAGAAUCCCACAGGAAAGCAUGAUGGGUCUGUUUUUGGUGUCCGCUACUUCAACUGCAUGCCCAAGUACGGCGUCUUUGCACCCCCAUCUCGCGUGCAGAGAAUCUGCGGACCAAAGGAUGGUCAUAGCGGCGACGGCACGAUGGUGAAGAAAGUCCACCAGGUGUCUAUGAACCAGCCAAGGCGUAAAUUCAACACGGUGAGGUCACCCAAGGACAUCACCUCUGAGAAUUCAAUAUCAAGAUUACUGUUCUGCUGCUGGUUCCCCUGGAUGCUGCGUGCUGAGAUGCAGUCCUAACCACACUCUCCUUCCUCCUCCUCUUCCUCCUCAAAAGAUCUACUGCUCUCCUCCUCUUAAUGUCCAUCUUUCAUUUAUGCUUUCCUCUGGCUGUUGCUGUCAGAAUUACAGUAGUGAACCACCGCCCCAGCCCCCCCCCCCCCCCAUGAUCUCAGUCAGUCCUAUAGCAAAACCUAGUGCCUUGUAUGUUAACUAACAUCCCGCAUUCCGUUUGUAACACUAAUAAUGAGACUAAAUCAUUGUAACCCGAAAUCUGGGAUACAAACCCUACAAAAGCAAUUAUCUAAUAGAUAUAAUCACUUAGUUUUUGUAAGUUACUCUAUUUCAGAAGUUGCCAAAACGUCAGAAGUUGCCAACACCCAUUGUCCAGUCAGCCAACUUCUUAUGCCAUGGAGCUUCUACUUGGGAACCUUUCAAAUGACUAAGUACAUGAUGCUGUACGUUGUUGUUUUUCUGCUGCUUCAUCCUAAUUCCCUGUAUUCCCGGCAGGGUAGCCUAGUGGUUAGAGCGUUGGACUAGUAACCGGAAGGUUGCAAGUUCAAACCCCCGAGCUGACAAGGUACAAAUCUGUCGUUCUGCCCCUGAACAGGCAGUUAACCCGCUGUUCCUAGGCCGUCAUUGAAAAUAAGAAUUUGUUCUUAACUGACUUGCCUGGUUAAAUAAAGGUAAAAUUUAAAAAAAAAUUUAAAAAAUUCAGAGACCAAGGGCCUCAAAGUAAUACAUGGUCUGUCAGUGUGAACCGACUGUAGAUGGCCAUGUUGCGCUAAAGGGAUUUAUCCAAAAUGUGGAUGUGUGAGUCAAAUUGUGUUCCAAAUAAAUGUGCACAUCACAGAGUGAUGCCUUUUAUUGUGAAAAGAUGUGAUAUGAACAUAUGGUCAUGUUCUUCUGAUGCUGUAUGUUCAAAAGUAAACAGGGUUUAAUAUUAUUCAGGAUUCCGACAUCUGCUAUUUCUCCACUUGCACUCUGAGCAUUUUCCCAAAUAUGCAAUUGGAAUGAUGUAUAUAAUAUUGAUUUGCUUGUUAAUGGGCUUGUGUAAAUUAUAGUAUGAUCACAGGUGAUACAAAAACAAGGUUCAUGGUCUCUGGUAGCCUACUAAAUUUGUUGACAGAGCCCUGUUAAAUACUAGUUACCUGUUUUAGGUAAGGUAAUGCUACCACGUACAUAUAUGUUCAUCAUAAUGUCCCAACUUAAUUGCAGAAGGAGAACUUUAUCUGCGCAGAUAUCUUCUGUACCCUUGAAAGACAAUUUUCUAGCAAUGGUUUAAAUCGUGGUAAUAUAGACAGCACCAUUUGUCAAUAACUGGGUCAAAUAAGACUUUCAUAACUUGGUCUAAGGUGUUUAUUGCACUUUGAGCCAGUUGGUCUCAAAUCCAAGUUAAGCUAACCAAAAUGUCUGCUAACCCCAAAAUGUAAUGGCAGGUAAUGUAAGGGAAAACCACCUAGAUUAAUAUUGUUUAAGCUGUUGUCUUUAUUGUGUAGCAUGAAGUACCAAUAACAUAACUUUUGCUUAACUUUAACUUAAACGUACUGUUAGCAAAAAGCUUUAUUUUCCCACAGUUACAUUUUGUUUAUAGAAAUAUGAAAUCUACAAGGGUACCACAAUAUACUUGUUAAAGGUACAUUUCUUGAUAAACCAGUGCCCUCCUCCCCAUCUCUAGGUUUGUUGUUGCAGCAAUGGUGUUCAUCUCAGGCUAAAUCUGCACAGACGGAACACCUGCUAGCUCAGUGCUACCACAGUUUACACCCCCUGUUGUUGGCUAUCCUCCAAUGCUUCUCUCUCCUUCUCUCUCAACGUUAGACUUUGGUAGGUUUGUGAGGGUGAGCAUUAGAUAACAAUCUGACCUUCUAAACUUGUGUGUGCUUAAUGUCAAAACCUACGAGUGUGCAUAAAAACAGAAAUGUUUAACCUGUGUACUUAGCUAUGUGGAUAUGGAUAGUGUCUUUGUCCACUGAACACUAUGUAAGCACAUCACGAGGAGGAGAAAAAAACACCUGAACUUGCUCCUGCACUCUUUGAACACCGUUGUGAGCAUCCUGUGUUAAUAACAGCGCCGUGAAACGGCAAGAAAUACUCAUUAUCAGGAAGGGUCUAAAAACUCGUGCACCAUGUCAUAUUCCGAAAUCGCCACUUAUCCAAUGUGGUACUGAACAAUGUGGAACUGAAGGCAACAAUGUGUGGUUGUUUUUGAUAUUGCUAGCGUACGGUUAUGACUAGGUCUGUAAGAGAGCCGCAGAACAACGAGGAUGCUAUGAGGGAGUCGGCUUCAGCUUCAUUUGAUCUGAAUAAGGGACAUUAGUAUAUCCAGUUUGAGAGGAACUCAUUCAUUACACCUCAAAGUCAUGUAAUGGGAUACUUAGGAACCUGUGGCAAUUGGAACUUUUCUCCUGUUUUAUUUAAUUGAAUUAUGACUAUGUCAACACAAAGUGUUGCAAACUUUGUCAGGACAGCUCACUUUGUUCAAAUCUUCUGUUAGCCGAAUAUACUAAAAUGAUAUUGUGUCAAGAAGGACUGAGUUUCUUUACUAUUGUGAGCAUUGUUUAGUAGAUAAGAAAAUCAUCCUCGCCUCAUGCUGAAGUGCUUGAUAAUGAGUAAGAAUACAUCACCAUGUCUUGUCUUUACUACUUAUGUUGGAAAAAUUUCAUUAGAAAUAAGUAUAGCAACAUUGUUCAUAUUUACUAAAUGGUCGAGUUGAGUAGUUGGUUGACUGGCAUAUUUAAUGCUCAAGUAAAGUGACCAAAAUGGUGUAGUUAUUGCCUGACCUUUACGCUCUAGUAGCAUAAUAAGUCCCACAAUAUGCCAGUAGAUGUCACUAAUGUGUCACUUUUAUCAUCUCUACAACUAACAACAUGACAAGAAUCUAAAGUUGAGGAGUCCUCCACUCUUCAAAUGUUUUGUUUAUUCAACAUUAUGAACAUUGAUAUAAUCUUAUUAAGUGGUGUACUGUCAUUAUUAUUUUUUUAAACACAUGAUGUUAUUCUAAAACGUGAUCGCAACAAUGGUUAAUUUUCUUCAUAGACAUGUCAUAGCAGUUUGUUAAAAAUAUAUUUUGAUAAAUUCACUAAGUGUACUUUUAUUUAGUUUUAUAGUGUGUUGGUGUCUGUGUCCCAAAACAGGUAAAGGGGAUGUUGGUAAUGUUGGAUUUAUUAUAGUGUUUAUUUAUUAUAGUGUCAGGAAUAAUAUUUAUUGCAUGCUCUUUAUUUUCUGAAAGUUUCUUUUUCCAGCAGUGUAUCGCAGCAUAAAAAUGCUUCUAAUUACAACUCUGACUAUGAAUCUAAUAAAAGUUUAUGUUGUUUUCUA